AUGAAUUGCCUGGGAACUCUUCACCAAAUAUGUUGCUUUCUCACUAAGGCUGAUUUGAUAGAGCUCCGACAGGUUUCCCUUUUGGCAUAUACUGUAACAUCAGCGUUUCUUUCUCAGUUAGAAUGUAGGUGGUUAAUUGCCCCUAGUAUUCAAGUAAAUGUGGAGCUUGCACCUCCAUGUGAAGUUUUAGCCAUGUUUUUUCUGAAAAAUCAACGAAAACUCUUGGUUUGUGCAACAAGUACAGAUAGUAAUGGUAAAGUUGAGUGUGGUGUUUAUACACAUAACGUUAAUGCUUUUGGAGAAACUACAAGACGCUAUGUAGAGUUACCAGAUGCUUACGGAGACAGAGAUUCACAGUUUAGAAUGGAAGGACAACGAUUUUUAUUAUGCAAAACUAUAAGUGGAGUAUUGCACGUUUUUGAUUGCUCUAUGGAGCUUGUUGUUGAAAUCCCUCGUAGUUGCGAAGAGUUCUUUGCAUCACAAGAUGGUUCUCGUCUGGCUGUUGUUCAUGAGGGUUUCAUUUAUUAUUUGGACUCUCGUAGUAGUCUUGUACUUCGUUCUUCUAAUAGUCAGUACAAUAAUUCAAUAAAUUCUUCUCCCCGCACCUUUAUUGAACUACAGUUGGAAAAUACUCUGACAAUUCCAAUAAAGAUGGAUGAGUUUGCCUGGACAACUAUAUCUGUUGGUAGAUGCUCAAUUUUGAGAGUUUAUGAUGAUGUCGCCUCUGUGAUUCAGGUAGAGUCUGAACAGAAUGAGAUGAUUAAAUCAAGUACUUGGUCAUUUGAUAUGGUAUCAUUUGAAUGUUGUUUUGAUAACAUUAUCUGCUCUACAUAUGUAACAGAUUCAGGAGAUGAUGAAUAUGUCGCAGUUGCUCCAACUGGAGGAAAAUUUAUAGUUAUAUGCCCUUCUUCAAAAGAAGUAAGAGUCUGUAAUAUAGAGUUUUCCUCCUUGCACCAUGCUCUUGUACAAAGCCUUGAGGUAGUAGUAUCGGGAUCUUUAUAUGCAUUAGUUUUACUUCGUCAGCAAGUACAAGAAGUUGUAUUUUUCACAGCUGACAUGAGUCUGGUGCGUUGUAUCAAGAUAGGAAGACCUUCCACGUUAGCUAUGCUCCCUCAUGAAGGUAUAAUGAUUGCAGCUCCUCUACCUCACGCAACACUUUCUGAUCAUCCUCUUGUAGAAGCUCUUGAAAGUGGUGUGGGAACAGUUUUUUUCUUUCUAGAAGGUGAAGAUUAUCGGUAUGAAAAAUCUCAAGGUAAAGAUAGUUUCAGCAGUGUUGAGAUGCUUUCAUGGAUAUCUUUCUCUUUAGUGACUGCCUCAUUCUUAUGGACUGUAUCUGCUCUUCUUUACAAUGGAUGGUGGUUGCAUCUACAACUCCUUUUCUUUGGAAAGGUAUCAUGA